AUGGCUCAAGUCACUCUUCAAGUUACCGUUGUUGAAGCUCGUAAUCUCAAAGAUGAAGAUACUCUUGGACAAAACGAUGCCUAUGUAGAAUUAUAUUUCGAUAAGGAUUACAAACAACGUACAGCAACUAUCAAAGACACAAACUCUCCUACAUGGAAUGAAACAUUUACCUUUAACCUACGAAAAGGUGAUGAUACUUUACAUAUCAAAGUUUAUGAUGACGAUGCUGUUGGUAAAGAUUCGAUUGGUUCAGCAAAAAUUAGUUUGAAAAAAGUUCAACAAGCGGGUGGCCGUUUAGACGAAUGGGUAAAAUUACCCGCUCACCUCGGUCUUGGCUCACAUGGUGAAAUUCAUCUGAUUUUACAACUCAGUUAA